AUGUCCGCCGCAUCGAUAAAGAAGGGCCAUACUCGGACCUGGAGCUUGAGGUCGAAAAAGAACAAGGACGAAACAAGACUUAGCUCAUUACCGCCGGCGAAGCAGAAAAAGAUGACCAAGAACGUGGAUCCUACCAGAGCAAUCACUGAGGACGAGCCUUUUCAAGUAAACCAGUCUACAAACCAGUACAAGAGUCUUUCGCAACUCAAGUUUAAGGAUCGCUUCGGAAAUGAUAUCACCGAUCCGGAUUUGACGAACCCCACAAGGCACCGCUGGGAAAGCCCGCUGGAGACAAUUCGAGGGUUUGAGGCUGCAAUUGAUAGGGACGAGCAUCGGGGGUCCUACGUAGAGAGAACUUCGUCUAAUGCUGGCGCUGGUUAUUCGUCGGAUACAGUAGACAGCGUUGAUGGCAAUUCUUGGAAACACAAUCGUCAUCCGCAGCAAAUGGGCUAUUACCAGACGACGGUACCCCGGGGACGCCCACCAUCGGAUUCUCUACAUUACACUGGUCGCUCUGGAUAUUCUGAGACACCCAGAUCAGCAGUAGACGGUUACGGCGAAUCUGAAAUGGGUUAUGGAAAUAUGAAUAGAAGAAGAUCUCCAGGAUCAAAUGUUGGCCAUGGAUACAACGGAUACAACAACCCACACCCACAGGAGCGCAUGGGGCGACCACAGAGAAGACAAACCUACGAGUCACAGAAUUACGAUGCCCCUCCGAAUCAACCUUAUGUAUACCAUAAUCAAGCUGCAAAUGGGGGUGGUGAGAGUCCGGUUAAUCCUGGUUCGUCAUCAUCGGGUGCUGGGUCCGAUGGGCCCGGUGGAUAUAUUCGGGAGCCGGCGUUACCGCCUCCACAACCAUCCUUUGGAUUUCGCGACCAGGCCAUGUUCGAGAGCUCUCAACAGAUAACCCCGUUUGAAAACUUUGGUCCAUCUGGUUCGGGUCCAUCUCAGAUGCCUCAAAGCAUGCCGACUUCGCCGUCAACGGUCCGAAAGCCAAUAUCGCUCGGUAACCCCGCACCCGCACCAGCACCAGCACCAGCGCCACAGCCGGAAAAACAGGAGGAAAAGAAAAGGAAGAGUUGGUUCAAGCGGAGAGGCAGUAAGGGCUAA